GCAGAUAUCAUGACACUCGAGGGACAGGAUAGACUCAUUUUGCAGUCUGUCCCAAAUGGAAGAUGAAGGAGACUAUCCCGAACCCGAAUCUGGCAGUGGUGGAAUCAACUUGAACGGGAGAAAUGUUGGUGCGGUGAUGGUGGCGCCUAGGGAUGUAGACAUAGCAAGUCAAAGUGGUUGCAGGAUCAACAUCUACGUGAACAGCAAUGUUCAAGCAACAUGUGGUUCAGCUUUGAUCGGUAGCAAGGUUAAGCUAAGAGAUCCUGGUGUUCAUCUCCAUAUCGAAGACGUUAAAAUGACCCGUGACGAUAACAUAUCUAGACAGAAGGAGAUGAGAUGUUGUGAUCUUCGUACACUCUAUAUGAUUCCAAGGGUUUCUAUGAGGCGUCGCUCUGCAGAAGUUGCUCCUACAGAGCCUAUGGAGAAGGGAAAUGGGAAGAAUCAGACUAAUCGAAUCUGUUUGUUGGUUGCUUUAUCACUCUUUUUCUGGGCAUUGUUGUUGUACUUCCAUUUUGUUGUCUUAGGGAGCAGUAACAUUGAUAAACAGAUCCAAUUGCAACCUAGUUAUGCUCAGUCUCAGCCAUCAUCAAUCUCUCUUCGUGUUGAUAAAUUCCCUAUAGAGCCCCAUGCAGCUCCAUCGAAACCACCUCCCAAAGAUCCUUUAGUUACGAUCGAUAAGCCAGUACUCCCUCCUGCUCCAGUAGCCAAUUCUACUACCACCUUUAAGCCGCCUAGAGUUGUUGAUAGUAGGCAGAAACAGGAGUUUUCGUUUAUAAGAGCGUUGAAGACAGUAGACAACAAGAGUGACCCUUGUGGCGGGAAGUACAUUUAUGUUCACGAUUUACCCUCCAAGUUCAAUGAGGAUAUGCUUAGAGACUGUAAGAAGCUUAGUCUCUGGACUAACAUGUGCAAGUUCACAACCAAUGCUGGCCUUGGCCCGCCGCUUGAGAAUGUUGAAGGUGUCUUCUCGGAUGAAGGCUGGUACGCGACUAAUCAGUUUGCUGUUGAUGUGAUAUUCAGCAACCGGAUGAAGCAGUACAAAUGUUUGACGAAUGAUUCUUCUCUUGCUGCUGCGAUCUUUGUGCCAUUUUAUGCUGGAUUCGACAUUGCUAGGUACCUGUGGGGAUAUAAUAUCUCAAGAAGGGAUGCUGCUUCGCUUGAGUUGGUCGAUUGGCUCAUGAAGCGGCCUGAGUGGGAUAUAAUGAGAGGAAAAGAUCAUUUCCUUGUGGCGGGUAGGAUAACGUGGGAUUUUAGGAGAUUGUCUGAAGAAGAAACUGAUUGGGGCAACAAGCUUCUCUUCUUACCAGCUGCCAAGAACAUGUCUAUGCUUGUGGUUGAGUCGAGCCCAUGGAACGCAAAUGAUUUUGGGAUCCCAUACCCAACCUACUUCCACCCAGCGAAGGACUCAGAGGUUUUUGAAUGGCAAGACCGGAUGAGAAACCUGGAAAGGAAGUGGCUUUUCUCAUUUGCAGGAGCCCCACGACCUGACAAUCCGAAAUCCAUCAGAGGGCAGAUCAUUGAUCAAUGCCGAAACUCAAAUGUUGGCAAAUUAUUAGAAUGUGAUUUUGGAGAGAGCAAAUGUCAUGCACCAAGCAGCAUUAUGCAAAUGUUUCAAAGCUCUCUCUUCUGUCUGCAGCCACAGGGAGACUCUUACACCCGAAGAUCGGCAUUUGACUCAAUGCUUGCCGGUUGUAUACCGGUCUUCUUCCAUCCAGGCUCAGCCUACACUCAAUACACGUGGCAUCUACCCAAGAACUACACAACCUACUCGGUAUUCAUCCCCGAGGAUGAUAUUCGGAAGAGAAACAUUAGCAUUGAGGAGCGACUCCUUCAGAUUCCACCCGAGCAGGUCAAGAUAAUGAGAGAGAAUGUCAUCAACCUCAUCCCAAGGCUGAUCUACGCAGACCCGAGAUCAGAACUGGAGACGCAGAAAGAUGCAUUUGAUGUCUCGGUACAGGCUGUGAUAGACAAGGUGACUCGGUUAAGGAAGAACAUGAUAGAGGGACGAACCGAGUAUGACAACUUCGUGGAGGAGAACAGCUGGAAGUAUGCGUUGCUGGAGGAAGGCCAACGGGAAGCUGGGGGCCAUGUGUGGGACCCGUUCUUCUCCAAACCAAAGCCCGGAGAAGAUGGCAGCAGCGAUGGCAAUGGAGGCACGACAAUUUCAGCUGAUGCAGCUAAGAAUUCAUGGAAGAGUGAGCAGAGAGAUAAGACGCAAUGAAAAGAGACAGAAGCAGCCACAUUUUGUUACGGUUUGGGAUAUAGUUUUCGGUUACAGUUAUACGGACAAAAAAUGAUUUAUUUUUGUUGUAUUGGUAUCAAAUGUAGUUUCUCCAGUUUCAUAGAGAUAAGUUUGUUUGAGAUUUUUGUUGUAUCAGGUACCCACAGAAAUUAAUAAUAAGAAGUGACCCUUUUC